AUGGCAGUCACCGCCGUCCAGGACUCCCCUCCCCCAAUCCCGGCCACCAUCGACGUAGGCGCCGGCAGUACCAAUCGCUACAGCAAGGAAGGCCGCGAUCAUCCCAUCCCCAGCCAGUACAAGAACACCCUGACCGUUGUCGUCGGCGAGUUCUGUGGCACCUUCAUGUUCCUCCUCCUCUCCUUCAUCGGUACCCAGGCCGCCCUCGACACCAACAACCCGAGUGACCUCCAGGCUCGGCCCCUCGCCCCGUUCAGCCUCAUGUACAUUGCCGCCUCCUUCGGCACUGCCCUCGCUGUCAAUGUCUGGAUCUUCUUCCGCGUCACCGGCGGCAUGUUUAACCCGGCCGUCACACUCGGUCUCGUUCUAGUCGGCGCCGUCUCGCCUCUUCGAGGUCUCGCCGUAUUCCCUACCCAGAUCGUCGCCGGCAUCGCCGCCGCUGCCGUCGCCGACGGUCUCCUCCCGGGCCCUCUCGGCGUCGCCAAUACCCUCGGUGACGGCACCAGCAUCGUCCGUGGCCUCUUCAUCGAGAUGUUCCUCACCGCCCAGCUCGUUCUGACCGUCUACUUCCUCGCCGUCGAGAAACACCGCGCCACCUUCCUCGCGCCAAUCGGCAUCGGCCUCGCUGUCUUCAUCGCCCAUAUUUGCGGCACCAACUUCACCGGCACCGGCAUCAACCCGGCCCGCUCCUUCGGCCCGGCCGUCAUCACAGGCUUCACAGGCUACCAGUGGAUCUACUGGCUCGGCCCGUUCAUGGGCUCCGGCGUGGCCUACGGGCUCUACACCUUCCUCACCUGGGUCGAUUACAAGACGGCCAACCCGGGCCAGGAUGACGACGACCUGGAGAAGGGCCGGACCCACCACUCGCCGGAGCGGCCAGGCAGCGGCGAGAAGCGCCCGCUUUCCAGGAGCACUGACGGCACUGCUGCGCCUAGCUUGCCAUAA